AUGCCCAAUCCAGUGCAAGUCGCUACCAAACGAGUUGCAGAGCCUGUAAUCGGAGAAAAUGGGUAUACUGGAUUCCACCCGGGGAAAACUGAGGUCCUCAAGGCUGGAGCUCGACCAUUUGGUGGAAAGGCACUCACCAGUGAUAUACAGAUCGACCAUGAUGUAGAAAUUCGGGUCCGCGAUGGUGCGCGCUUAUACAUUGACGUAUACAGACCUGCAGCCUCACAAGAAAAGGUACCAGCGGUGCUGAGUUGGUCGUUCUAUGGCAAAAAGUACAGUGCGAUGGACAUGCUACCAAUAUGCGUCUGGAAUUGCUGUGUUCCCAACAGCGAUCUGAGCGGCCUAGAGAAGUUCGAGGGACUAGAUCCAGCAGACUGGUGUCCAAAAGGUUACGCAAUAAUCAGCAUCGACACACGGGGAGCGGGGAAUAGCGAUGGACAAAUCUGCGUCAUGGGUUCACAAGAUGCCGAAGAUGGCUAUGAUGUUGUCGAAGCCGUUGCAAAGAUGAACUGGUGCAAUGGAAAUGUCGACAUGGCUGGCAAUUCAGCAUUGGCAAUUGCGCAGUGGUUUAUUGCCGCCCAGAGACCACCAAGCUUAAAGACCAUUGCGCCCUGGGAAGGGAUGGGGGACAUGUACCGCGAACAAUUCUGCCGGGGUGGUUGGUUUUCAAUGAGCAAUUUUGACCUCAUUGCAAAAGCGAUCGUCCGAGGGCAGCCCAAUUCUGGCUUGGAGGAUUACGAUGCCAUCAAGAAAUGGAUCAGGUGGGGCAGUAAGCAGGAAUGGUAUGAAUUGUAUUCCGAGAAAAAUUCCCUGGUUGAAUUGGGGAAGUUUUUCGACCGUUACCUGCGAGAAGAACAAAAUGACUGGGAGACAAGUACACCAAAGGUCAGGUGGUCGGCCCUUCAAUUCGGCGACCGAAAGGCAAUUGAUGACAUUGUCCUCGAAGACUUUCCAGCGCCAUCUACCGAAUACCAAAACUUCUUCCUCGAUGCUAGCAGUGGAAAACUAGUAAAGGUGAGACCUUCCGGAGAAGCCUCGAUAUCCUAUGACUCGGAAGACUACAAAAGCUUUGCAGAGUUCAGCUAUACUUUCGAGAAGGCGAGACGACUUAUCGGCCUUCCAAAAGCGGUUGUUUACAUGUCAUGCGAUGCUCUCGACGAUUUUACAGUCUUUGCAAUUCUGCGAAAGAAAGAUAGCAACGGAAAGCUAUUGAUGCACCUCAAUUUUCCUUUUAGCACAACCCCGGUCAGAUCGAUUGAUGACAUCCCUGAAAAAGAACAGGCCACACUGAACUUGCAUAUGGGGCCGAUUGGCAUCCUGCGCGCAUCACAAAGAGCAAUCGACGAGUCAAGGAGUAUUCACCCGAAUUUCCCAUUCCACCCGCAUCGGAAACUGGAUAAGAUCAAACCUGGCACUAUUGUCAAGCUUGAGAUUGGAAUUUGGGCUAUGGGGGUUGAUUUCAAUGCAGGUGAAACUAUCAGCCUUAGGGCAAGUCCAAGCCCACAACCUUUUGUACCACCUCAAGUUGACUAA